AAUCAAAAGAGUAGAUAACACGGACAAUGCUCCUUUUCUUCUCAGAGUAACAUUAAGCAAUAAGUAUAUUGUUUCAUUCAUCAAGAGAUAAUAAGAAAGAAAAGAAAAAAAUGUCAGCGUCAAAGGUAACACAGGAAUCAAAACUAACGGUUGUAUCAAGCAGACCUGUGAGUUACGGAAAAACCCACAAAUUGUCGGCACUAGACCAUGGUAUGGGUUUUCACACACUACAUUUCAUAUUCUAUUACAAAAACAAGGAUAAGUGGUUUGAGUCAUUUGAAUUGGAUCCGUUGAGGGAAUCAUUGUCGGAGGUUUUGUCGGUAUACCCGACAAUAACGGGUCGGUUAGGUAAUGGUGAUGGUAAUUGGGAAGUACGUUGUAAUGAUGCUGGUGUUCGUGUCAUAAAGGCAAAUGUUGAUACAACACUUGAUGAAUGGCUUUCAACAUCUUCUCAUUUUGUAUACGAUGAGGCUGACCUUAUUGCUUGGGAUCAUAUGCCUCUUGAUUACAACACAUGGUCUCCUUUUCAAAUUCAGAUAAAUAGGUUCAAAGAAGGUGGUGUUGCAAUAGGACUAAGUUGUAGUCACAUGCUUGCUGAUUUAACAUGCGCAUCAUCCUUCUUCAAAUCAUGGUCCCAAACAUACCGCCACUUUCCCAUUUCACACCCCCCUUUCUGCACUCCAAUUACCACCUCUUCACCACUCCCAAACAAUAUUGCAAAUUCAUUCUCAAAACCACAAACAUCAAUUAUCUCUUCAAAAAACAUGGCUACAUCAACAUUCAAAUUUUCCAAUUCAAUCAUCAAACAUUGUCUCUCUAAAAUCCAAAACACUUGCCCCAAUGCCACCCCAUUUGACUUCCUCACAGCUCUGUUUUGGACACGUGUCAUUCAUUUGAAGCCAUCAAAAAGUCAAAGUCAAAGUCACUCUUUAUCAAUAUGUAGAGACUUUAGAAAACUUAUUAAACCAUCACUCCCUAUAGGGUUUUUCGGCAACGCUUUACAUUUUUCAGAACUGUCGCUAAAAGUUGAAGACAUGGAAAAUGAUGAAUUAGGAAACAUAGCAAAACAAAUACACAAUCAUUUGAAAGAGAUUACAGAGGAAGAAAUAUUGUCUUCAAUAGAAUGGUUUGAAUCACAAAAGGAAUCAGAAGGAGGGAAAUUUCUAACACCGAAAUGCAUGUAUGGUUCUGAAUUAACUUGUGUUUACAUGGAAGAAGAAAAAGAGACAGAAUCGUUGUUAUAUGAUGCAAUGUUUAGUGAUAAUGAAAAACCAGCUCAUGUUUCUUGUAGAGUUGGGAAUGUUGGUGGUGAAGGUUUGAUUAUGGUGAUGCCUUCUAUGGAAAGAGGGUUUGCAAGAACAGUGAUAGCAAUGUUGCCGGAAGAAGAACUUGAAAAACUAAGCAACGACCAAGAAAUUUUGAAGCUUGAGCCAACAAUUAUCCUUGCUGGUUGUCGUCUACAGCAUUGACUUUUCCUCUUCUAAAUAAGUUUCACAUUUGAACAAAUAAUUGUAUUAAAAAGACUAUCUCUUUCCAUUUUCAAUUUAUUGUAUCAUUUAAUUAAUAAUAUAUAUGUUUAUCA